AUUUCAUAACUGCUAUGAGGAUGAUAUUUUAUCUGCUAAAAUGUGCAUUGAAAUGUUUACAAUUUAAGUAUAUGUGAACAAGUGUCCUUUAUUUUUCUUUAAUAUUACAUCAUUGAUAUAAUAUAUAUUAUGUGUUAAAAAUCAUUUGAUGGCUAAAGUAAAAUAAGAAUUAAAAAUUGAAGUAAGUAGAUCCAUAGCUCAAAGGCACACUGGAUAUAAUAAUUUUCAAUAUAAGAAUGACUUUGAAUAUAUGUAAAAUUUUCUUUUUACUAUCAAUUUUCAAAUCAGUGACAAUGGAAAUAAAAUAUACAAAAAGAAUGUUAACAUUAUAUGCAUGCAUAAAAGAAGCAGGGGUAAUUCAGGAGGUUAUUGAUACUGAAAAUGACCAAUUUAAUGAUAAAACUCAAAAUAUAUUAAAACAUUGGCAAGAAAUUGCUGAAAGUCCUGAAAAUAUUAAAAAGGACUGGAAAGAAGAAAUCAAUUCUUUUUCAAAUUCAUUAUGUAAUAAAAAUAAGGAAUGUUUCACUUAUAUUGUGCAAUGUUGUAAAAACUACCUUUACAUGGGGUUUUCAAAUAAUUCCUUUAAAAAUAAUAAUGAAAAUGAUUUAAAAACCUUAUUUAAUAAAAUAUCUAUUGCAUAAUAAGAUAAAUUAUGUAUUAAAAACAUAUUUAAAUAAACAUCGUUAAAUCACAUGAAGAACUAAGAAAAAUCUUUUAAAUAUUAUAUGUAUAAAACCCAUGUAUAUAAUAUUUAUAAAUAAGAUUUGUAAUA